AUGAAACGAUUUAACAACAACGGAAAGGCGGUCGGGGGCUCUUCACGCCCAGAUUCGUUCCCGAAUGGUGCAUCGCGCCGUCAACAGCCUGUUGAUCGUCGCAAUUUUGGGAACUCGCAUCAAUCACAGUUGGAAGAUGGGGAGUUCGAAGUUCGUCAACCGGAGGAGUUACAUCUUGAUGACUCGGUGAGUGGUAAGUUGGAUCGUUUAUUGGAUCGCCUCGACAAGUUUGAGGUGUGGAGGGCCGACACAGAUCGCCGCUUCCAAUCUCUGGAACCGACACCAAGGCAACACCCCUUCAACGAGGAUCACGGGGGAAGACACUCGACGACAUGGGACAGCCCUUGGGGGCGAGGCGAUUCAGGAAGACAAAGUCCGCUGUUGUCGACAGCAACUACUGUGGCUUCACAGCCCCUGUUAGGGUUCAACGGGCGGUCGUCUAGGGCUACGCAUCAGCCGCUAAGUUCUGAGGCGUUGUGGUGGGAUCGUUACGGAUCCGGCGGCGAGGGAGUUCGGGGGAGACGCCCGACAGCAUGGGACAACCCGCCGCAAAGGGUCGACGACCAUACCGGGAGACUGGCGCCAACGUGGGAGACGGCAAGGGGCAGACAUGAGGACGAUCGCUAUUCGGACCCGCCGCGGAGGAUCGACGCGUCGGAACGGCGUGCGGCCAUCGCACAACCACCGGCGCCGGCGGUAGCGUCAAUACCGCGAUUAGGGUUUGGCGACGAUUCUUCAAUUCAUGGGCCACAACAGGCAACCCAACCUGGUGCAUCUUCAGGGGCCAGAUACACGGUCAAGGGCGACGGGGAUCGCGGCAAGCAGCCAUCAGCUUCCGUCGCCAUCGAGGCCCCUUCAUCCUCGACCACUGACCUAUUGCUUCAAGCCAAAGACCUCUCCGUUGUCAUCGCCGAGUCCAAGCAGCCUAUCCUCAAAGAGGUUAAUCUUACCGUCCGCCAUGGAGAGGUUCAUGCUGUGAUGGGGAAGAACGACUCAGGGAAAAGUACAUUUGCAAAGGCCCUUGCUGGUCAUCCAGAUUAUGAGGUUACAGGAGGAAGUGUAAUGUACAAAGGGUUUGAUCUGCGUGAGAUGGAAUCUGAGGAAAGAGCUACUGUUGGAUUAUUUAUGAGCUUUCAAUCAUCAGUUGAAAUUCCAGGUGUAAGCUAUAUUGACUUCUUAAAUAUGGCUUACAAUGCUAGGAGGAGGGAACUUGGAUUACCAGAGCUUGGUCCAAUUGAGUUUUAUGGCUACGUGGCACCUAAGCUUGAGCUCAUCAAUAUGAAGACCGAUUUUUUAAACAGAUAUGUGAAUGAAGGUUUCAGCGGUGGAGAAAAAAGGCGCAAUGACACGUCAUGUUUGAGCACUCUUGGAAGCAUGGACAAGCUUUUCGUUUUGGGAUGGAAUUUUGCCGCCCACAUUGGGUGUCCUUUGUUGUUUAAUGAUGGAGGAGAUGAAGUGAGACGUUUAGUUGUUCGGUGUGUGUUUGAUCCAGGAGGAGAUGUCUCGCCAAAGUCGGCUUUCAACUCUCUUCGUUGCUUCGUGGUUUCCACCUUGAGGACAAGGUGGAUUUUAACCGUGGGGGAGUUGAUACGAUCCUAUAUCUUAUUAUAUCUUUUGAUUCACCAAAUCCUUCCAUAUAUUUGUUAUCUUGGUCAAUAAGUUAGGGUAUAGUAUUUGAGUAUUAUAAAUAGGGAUAAAUGGUUAUUAUUUGCAUUCAUUCAGUAAAUCAAUAAAAUCAUUGUUGGUCCAAUAACGUGUUGAGAAAUUCUCUUUUACUAAGAUCUCGCGCUGCCCGACGGAGAGGAAUUCCCGCGCACAGCCGGUUCUUUGCUACCGCCGAUCCUUCGCUAGGACGCCGGAGAACGGGAUACGACGUAGGGUCGUA